CCCAUGGAGGGUGAGACUGAAGAAUUGGAUGAUACUUCAGGCCCUGCAGAACCAAGGGUGAGGGAUACGCCAGGAGACAUAACAUUUGAAGCUGCCGUCAACACAAUUGCCUUUCACCCUACCCGGGACAUCCUUGCCGCAGGAGAUUUAGACGGAGAUGUUUUUGUGUAUUCAUAUUCCUGUGUAGAGGAUGGAAACAAAGAGCUCUGGUCGUCUGGACAUCACCUCAAAUCGUGUCGAGAUUCAGCAUUUUCCACCGAUGGCCAACAGCUUUUCACCAUUUCUAAAGACAAGUCUAUUCACAUUAUGAAUGUGGAGGAGGGAAAACUGGUCAAGCGAAUUACUAAAGCUCAUGAUUCUCCUCCAUUCAUGAUGGUUCGGUUGUCUCGGGAGGCGAGGGCCUCCCUGGUCUGGUGCCUUCGGUCUCCGUCCCUGGUGUUGGGCAAGUCCUUCCUUCCCAUUCACUGGACGGUGGUCACCACGGAUGUCGGCCUGUUGGGCUGGGGUGGAGUCCUGGACGUUUGGACGGCUCAGGGCCGUUGGUCGUCGGAGGAGUCUCGGCUUUCGCUCAACGUGCUGGAACUUCGGGCGAUCCGUCUCUCUCUUCUUCAUUGGACGGCCGAUCCGGCUAGCUCAGAACUGCCAGAGCUCCGUGGAGAUGGAACCAUGGGUGUGUUCAACAUAAAGAGACGAAGGUUUGAGUUACUGUCUGAAUACCAGAAUGGAGACCUGACAUCUAUUUCUAUAAUGAAGAGGGGCAAAAAAGUGGCUUGUGGAUCAAGUGAGGGGACAAUCUACCUGUUUAAUUGGAAUGGCUUUGGAGCAACAAGUGAUCGUUUUGCAGUGAAGGCAGAGUCUAUUGACUGCAUGAUCCCAGUUAAUGAUCAUAUUGUGUGUACUGGAUCCAUGGAUGGUGUCAUCAGGGCGAUUAAUAUUUUACCAAACAGAGUGAUUGGCACUGUGGGCCAGCAUCCAGGGGAACCUAUAGAGCAGCUGGCAAAGUCCUAUGAUGGCAAGUUCUUGGCCAGCUGUGCCCAUGACCAGAAAGUAAAGUUCUGGGACGUUUCAUCCAUUGGGUCCAUCAAAGUGGAUGUUUACAGGAAGCGGAAGAAGAACAGGCAGUUGCCAGCCCUGAGCAAGAAGGCAUUUGGAGGAGCGGAUGACUUUUUUGCUGAUUUGAAUGAAGAGACAUCAGAAAACAAAGAAGAGGAGGAGGCUGAAGAUGAGGACAGUGAUGACACAGACAGUGACUAAAG